AGAAUGAAAAGUAUAUAGGUAAGCGGUGCGCGCGUCGUGACGUCUGCGUUCGUCAGGCGCAAAGAAAGGGUGGCUCGUCACUACGUCAGAAUGACGGUCCGAUAAGCCAGCCCAUCUCGUUCUCUGCGGCGGGUACUGGGGUGGCCGCUCGUGCCGACAGAGGAGGAUGGCGAGUUCUGGCUCAGUAGCUGGAGAAGGACCUGGGGAUGCUGACGGCGGUAAUUCUGGAGUGAACGCCGCACCCAGGAAUCCACUUAUAUGUGGCGUCUGCCACGAUUAUUACAACGAGCCAUGUUUACUCGUCUGCUUCCACACCUUCUGCGCGAAGUGCCUACGCGGACCCCAUCCCGACGGCAAAGUCGCUUGUCCUAUAUGCGGGCAAGUGACGCAAUUGAAGGAAGGGGCGCAGCAACCGCCAGCAGAUCAGUUGAUGCACCAAUUGGUGGAGCUAGCCAAUUCAGAAAAUCCACCAUGUGCAAACUGCGACAAGCGCGACAAGACCACAAUGUUCUUUUGCACAACGUGUGGUCAGGCGCUUUGCAACCACUGCAGGGAGCACACGCAUCGCGCGAAGAUGUUCUCUACCCACGAGGUGGUGCACAUGAGCAAAUGCUCCAAGGAUACCCAGCGUCGUUGCUCCACGCACGGGGAGCAGUAUAUAAUGUACAGCCAAACGGCAAAGUGUAUGCUGUGCGCAAGCUGUCUACGUGAUACCUCAGCAGACGCGCGUCUCCACUGCGUGGAUAUAGAUAACGCAUGGCAGCAAGCCUCGAAGAAGAUGGAACGUGCGGCAAAUUCUAUAUGCGAAUUACAGGCUGGGGUACGUGACGGUUUGCUCGCCCUGAAGUCCCAGCUGGAUGAGCUACGUCACAGUCUCGAGUCUGAGAAGCGUUCACUGAACGCGUACUGCCAGGGUAUGCAGGAAGCUAUGGCGAAGACCCACUCGGCAGUCCUGACGGAACUGCAAAGGCAAUUCGAGACAAAGGAGCGUAUGGUGCGAGCACAGCUGCUAUCCUUAGGCAGUGCAUUGCCUGUGCUGCAAAUGCACCUGAUGCUCUGCACAGCCUUCACGAGUGGAGCUACCAAGUAUCAAUUUUUGGAACUGGCACAUCCGAUGCUUGAGAGACUCAGUCGUGUUGCGCAGCUCGGACAUCUUGCCAGGCCACCGUUAUUGGCUGCACAUCUGAAAAUAAAUUAUAAAAAUGAUUUUGCCAGGGCCCUGCAACCUUAUAUCGGACAGAUACAGACGCCUAAGGAAUCGCUGUACGAUCAAACUCACAACGUGGGACAGACUGAGCCACAGCUCAUCCAGCAGACGAGCAAGUGCAGCCAGAGGAUACAAUCUAAAGGAACUGCUGAUGGCGGAUCGUUUUCCAAUCACUGUCGCACGUUCGACAGUCAACUUAAGGAGUUGAGUCAGCAGCUGAUGACGGUCAAGGAGCGUCUUGGCGAAUUGCACCGGGACGUCGCUCUUCUUCGUAGGGCCAACACGCCACCACUUGGUGCUCGGUACGAGCAUGUUGCUAGAGACUGUCGAAUCCUGGAGCAACAGCUAGAGCAUCAUCAGAUGGAAUUAGAGAGACUACGUAAUAUUUUUGAUGCACUUUGGGAGGAACAGUUGUGCAGGAUUCACAUCGAGAAGGAAAUCUUUCACUCUCAGAUGAACGAUAUUCUGACUCUACGAAGCGAGGUCAAACAAUUGUUAACAAUGGCACAACAACUGGAGCCAUUUGUCAAAUCGUUCUCAGUUGGUGUGAGUGCAGGAGAGGCAAGUGCAGCUGCAACAGAUGCAGCUGGUCAUCAACACUUGCAAGCCCUUCUUGAUCACCUGGCAAGACUGCAGAUGCAAGAACCAGCACAACCGCAAACGCCAGCACCGACAAAAGACUGCCGUCAUCCACGUAGUGCUACCACCAGUGCUGAUAACGCAUUGUACAUGAAAGAGAGCAAAGAGAUGCCAACACGUUGCAGGACUCCUUCGGGCGGAGUGGGAGCCGUUGUGGACUCCAGCGGGAACAUCGUCGUCUACGGGACCGCUAAAUCCUCAGAGGCAAAGCGUGGCGUCCUGAGCCAGCUCAUUGAGAAGGCUAGAACAAAAGAAGAUCGUAAGAAAUCACCAGGUCGUGAGGAAGGCCGCGAUAGAAGCGCCAGCCGUCGCUCACGUAAAUCUCCGGACAAUACCAAACCGAAGACACCGCCAGGACACUCUUCCAGCGGCUCCAAGGUCCGCUCACUAUACCGUUCCUUGAAGGGUGUCUCCGGGGAUACGUCAGCAGACACCAUAGAACCGGAGCGUUGCACGGAGUCCCAACAGCAAGGACAAGCAGCAGAAAGCGAAUAUCAGAGAAUAUCCGAAGCCUCCAGCCUUGGGGAUGCCAAGAAGCGUGUCCAGGCCCAGGUACAUCCUGUCCCACCAGACGAAAAACCAGCGACCAGCGUCAAGGGUGUCAAGGUGUACCCAGCGAGCGACUCCGAGGAUGUCUUCUACUCAGGUGACAAGGGUUCCAUCGACGCUCGAAGACGUCGCAGGGCAAGCUGCGACAGUCUAAGCACAACAGGUUCAGCGAACAGCCGUCGCUCCAGCAUCGGCGACGGGACGGUAGGUCAAUCAUCCCAGGAAAACGGGAGGAAAACCUUGGUGGUUUUGAUCGGACCGUCAUCGACGCCUGCGUCUCUCGUGCAGAAACAACGUUCCUGGGAGACCUUCCCACGUCCCAAGAGUAAGCGCACCAGUGGCGAGACAUCCGGUACUCUUGGCCAGCUAAAGAAAGCCGACAGCUUCGAGGGUCACGAGGAGGCGGUGCGCACCCUGGUAGCUGCGGUCCAGGAGACGCGUUCGCAUCUGCGCCACCAUCAUCUCCAUCAUCACCGGUAUCAUCGUAAGAGCAAAACAAAUUAAGAGCGUCUCGACGAUGACGCCGACGCCUCGACAAGCUCAUAUUUCUUUUACAUUAAUUUUUCCCAUACUAUUUCCAUCGUUCCAUGCAAAUUUUCAUAUAGCAAAAAGAGCGAUCCGAAAUAAAAGAACAGUAUACGUAAUAGUAUCCAUUUGAGAGAGAGAGAAAGAGAGAUCUUAAAAGAAAAUAAUAAAAUGCUUAUUCUUUUCUUUUCAACGGCGCGAUCGGCGGUUUACGUUCUAUAAUUUCAUUCCUGCUUAUAUAAUUAAUUAAAUCAUUAUUAAAAAAGAAAAGUCAGUCCCUCGACUUGACACUUUGAAGAUACGGCCGCUCGAAUAUACGAGUGCGUAUUCUUAUCUGUUUUAUCUAUAGAGAUACUUGACGACACACUGCCAAUCCACGGUACAUUACGAAUUUAAUUCGACGCUGAUAUAUCACCGAUAUAGCCUAAUCGAAUAGGGCGCCUUAACAAGCCAAAGGCGACGCGCCAAAAUCCAAAUAAAUGUCAAUGGGAAUACGAAGGUAAAGCGAUUAGAGAGGGGAAAGAAAAAAAAAAGAAAUUUUUAACAUAAUUUCAUAAUAAAUAACUUCUCUCAAGUCGAGUUUACUCUUCGUUUCUUACAAAAAAAAAAAAAGGAAAAGCCGAUUAAUAAUGAA